AUGGUAGCUCUAAUUGCUCGGAACAAGGUGAAAUUCGUCACUGGUAAGCUUCCUCAACCUCCUCCAGAUGAUGAUGAUGAUUAUGAUCCUUGGUGUAGAUGCAAUAGUCUUGUCAUUUCUUGGAUUUUACAUGCUAUUUCUAGUGAUAUUGCAGACAAUAUCAUGUAUCUUGGUGAUGCUUCCCUGAUUUGUUCUGAACUUCAUGAAAGUUUUCAUCAAAACAAUGGUCCUAGAGUUUUUGAGGUUAAACAAUCUAUACAAGUUCUUGUUCAGGGAAAUAACAAUAUACAGACGUAUUUUACUUGGCUCAAAGGUCUUUGGGAUUUGGUCAAGGAAUUUCGUCCACAACCUAUUUGCAGUUGUGGUGAUAUGAAGACUUUCUUGGAUUAUCAAGAACAUGACAAGGAAGAAAGACAAAGGGGUCUCAAUCAUGUCUCAUCUGAAUCCCUUGACACCAACACUCACAAUUUUGGUCAGUUUGCAGGUAGUGCUCACUACAAUCGACCAAAGGCCACUUGUUCUCAUUGUGGAAACUCAGGUCACACCAUAGCAAAGUGCUACAAGAUCCAUGGGUAUCCUCCUAGACAUAAAUUCCAUGGGAAAGGUCGACAACCAUUUAAUACUUCCAACAAGCUAGCUGCAAAUCUGACAGGUGUUAAUGAUGAAAAGUCUGGAGAUAAUUUGGAGCAAAAUUAUGAUAUAGUGUCUUCUCUCUCUGCACCCCCCAGUUUUAAUCGAUUAUUGCCAUGCUAG